AAAGAAAAAAAAAUGUAGGGGUAUUUAUGAAAAUCUCAAAUUUCGUUGAAAAUGGGUACAUAAAACUUGAAAGGGCUUAUCGCCUUACGCGUGAAUGUAUCACUGACGCACACAAACACAAAACAGGGGAUGAAAAAUUGAAAUUGAAACUCCCAGAAACUUCACUCCCCAUCGCCAUGGCUAUGGCUACUGCUUCUUUUCUUCCGCCAUCGACGACCGCUGGCUCUGCAAUUUCGUCAAAUGUCUUCGAGAUCGGAAAAUUCAACGCGGUGCUUGAAAAGGUCGAAUCGGCUGGAUGUUGCUCAUCUGGGCGAUUUGUUCCGGCUCCUCCGCCGAAGCCGCUGCUGAUCGGCCGUCCUUCCGACGCCGGAGAGUUCCCGGUGCUGCUGCUCGUCCAUGGCUAUCUCCUUUACAACACUUUCUACUCUCAGCUCAUCCAUCACAUCGCCUCUCAUGGCUUCAUCGUCAUCGCCCCUCAGUUAUACUCCGUGGCCGGACCAGAUACAAGCGAAGAAAUCAAAGCAACAGCCGCUAUUAUAAACUGGCUACCGGAAGGGCUCCGGCAACACCUUCCACCGCACGUAAACCCAAAUCUAACCAAAAUAGCCCUGGCCGGUCACAGCCGCGGCGGCAAAACCUCCUUCGCCUUAGCCCAACAAAAAUCCCCAAAAUUGUCAGCCCUAAUCGGCCUCGAUCCCGUUGACGGAACAGGCUCCGGCAAGCAAACCCACCCCCCAGUUCUGAAAUUCAUCCCCCAAUCCUUGGAUCUAGGGCUCCCUGUUCUGGUAAUCGGGUCGGGUCUGGGAGAAUUGAAAAGGAAUCCCCUGUUUCCCCCUUGCGCUCCUAAGGGGAUCAACCACGAGGAGUUUUUCAAGGAGUGCCGGAAUCCGGCGUACUAUUUUGUGGUGAAGGAUUACGGGCAUUUGGACUUGUUGGAUGAUGAAACUGGAGGGAUUAGAGGGAAGGCGAGUUACUGUUUGUGUAAAAAUGGGGAAUCUAGAGAGCCGAUGAGGAGGUUUGUUGGUGGGGCUGUGGUUGCGUUUUUGAAGGCUUGUUUUGAUGGGGAAGAAGGGGAUUUGAAAGCCAUUGAAGAUGGGGAUUUGAGCUUGCCUGUUCUACUUCAAACUGUUGAAUCUCUUCUCUGAAAAUAGCUUGGCUCACUGCUGAGUAAUUUCUUAUGCAAAAAUAUACAUGUAGCAUUUUGAGAUUGAAAUAGGAGGGGGGUGGAUUAAGAACAAAGUGAAACUUGUGGAGUUGUAUUACUUUAUGUUUGUAGUGUAUAUAUUAAUUUGUAGGUUUAAACAUCAUUAAUUUAAUACUUCAACUUUAAUUUAUAAUAUUUUA